AUGUUGUCCGUCAAGAAAAUGUCGCUUUAUCGUCCCUCAUUGGAGGAGGUUGCAGAGGUGUUGAGAAAUGGACUGUCCAAAAACUUCAGCUCCAGUGAAGUGUCAGUUGUUGACUGUCCAAAUCUUACACAGGCUCCAUUUGAUCUGGCUGCCGAAGGUCUGGGCGGACAACCUCGUAUUGUGGACAUUGGAGGUCCUGACUACUUGAAGCCAUGGCCACAAAAAAACAAACUCUAUGACUUCCAGACGGUAGCCAAUCUGGCAGAACUGCCUGAAGCAUUUAUUAUUGGAGCAGGUGCUGGCCCGCACCACAAGGUCGGGGUCAACUGUGAACUCGUCUGCAAUGUCAAAUUAGGCGAGAAUGCCAGUAACAAAACCCAUAUUGCCAAAGUGAAUGUAGCAGAUGGUCAGUACAUACUAGAGAAGGAAACAUCUGGAGAGUUUAGCCUGAUGGGCAACUUCCUGCUCAGCGAAGGCAAGCCCGGACAGGUUCUGGAAAUCAAAGCAAGAAACAGAACUGGGGAUGAGAAUUUUGUCAGUUGUAUUCACAAAACAUUGACGGAGCAAUACGGUGAAAAAGCAGUUGGAAUAGCUGGGACAUUCUUGCUUCAGACUGGAAAAGCCAAUAUUCACGUCAUGCCGGACUUUGCAACAACAAAGAUUGAGACAGACGAAGAGACUGACCGGUGGUUGCGAUUCUACGAGAUGGACGCCCCAUUGAUCCAUGUCGGGGAGAUUGUGUCUGCUGACCCUGAGAAGCUACAUCUUCGACAAGAACAUUUUCACUGCUUCAGUGAUCACGGCCAGGGUGGGCACUACCACUACGACACCACGCCAGAUAAUGCCUCAUACCUGGCCUACUUCAACCUGGCAGAUGCUGUCUACAGAAUUGACUUGCCUGAAAACCAAAAUUUUGUCUUUUAA